AUGAGCCCCGCAAACCAACUCAAGAAGCGACGCCGGCAGGAUUACCCAUAUGUCUUGGAAUAUCGGACGCGAUGGGCCGACAAUGACAUGUACGAUCAUAUGAACAACUCCAUCUAUAACUUUCUUUUCGACUCAGUCAUCAACUCGUACCUGAUGGAGUUUUGUGGACUGGAGCCGCCAACUUCGUCUCAACACCCAUUGAUGGCGCAUACCCACUGCGACUAUUUCUCCGCAAUCUCUUUCCCCAAGGUUGCGGAGCUGUGCCUUCGGGUGAACAAGCUGGGCAAGUCUAGCGUCACCUACGAGGUCGGCCUCUUUGAGAAGGGAGUCGACGGAGUGAAGGCCGUUGGCGAAUUUGUCCACGUCUUUGUGGAGCGCGCAACUCUGAGACCUAGCGCCAGUGGGAUGAACGACCAAUUGAGAAAUGGUCUCGAGAAACUGCUUGUGCAAGAUCAAUCUAGCAAGCUCUAG